AUGGCACCUCGCACCACCACCACGACUGCGCCGGCCAUCCCCCUCCCCUACCAGCUCUUCUUCCUCUACAUCGAACCCGUCGCCACCGCCAUCGGAGCCUACUACGCCCACUUCUCCCAACCGGCCUACACCACCAUGACCUCCUCGCUGCUCCCCUCCGCCCUCGCAACCCCUGCCCUCACACCCGUCUCCACCACCUCCAGCAUAAUCCUCACACAGCUCGCAAACCUCUACCUCGUCUUCGCGCUCAACGAAGCCCUCGUCCUCCGCUCCACCUCGGACGUCCGCGUCUGGAAAGCCUUUCUUUUUGGACUGCUGGUAGCGGAUCUCGGGCACUUGUUUAGUGUAAGACAAGCGGGGCUGGAGGUGUAUUGGGAGGUGUGGAGGUGGAAUGCUAUGUACUGGGGGAACCUUGGGUUCGUGUAUGUGGGGGCGACGAUGAGGACGCUGUUUUUGGCGGGUGUGGGGUUGGAGGGGCCGAGAGGGGGGAAGGUCAAGGGGAGAUGA